AUGAGCCGAGCUGAGCGCUCAUCGCGCUCGAAGGAGGAGAAGGUGGCCUUGGAACGGGUUGAGCGCCUGCUGAGCGCCUCCCGACGUGGAGAGGUGCCGAGCGUGCAGCUGCUGCUUGAAGAGCGGGUAGAUCCAAAUGCCAGCCUGGGCAUCGCCUGCGGGCCUCUGCAGCAGGCAGCUGCCCACGGCCAGACCGAGGUCGCUAAGCUCCUGAUUCAGGCAGCGGCAGAUGUACAUCUUGCCGACGACGACGACCACUCCACGCCUCUUCAUUUGGCGGCUGAGUUUGGGCAUGCAGAAGUGGUGCGACUGCUGCUUCAGGCCGGUGCCCAGCCAGGGGAGCUGGAUACCUUCGGCCGCUGUCCAGCAGACAAAGCGACAGAGUGCGGCCACGCAGAGGUCGCACGCAUGCUGCAGGAGGCAGCACGGGGCCACGCCAACACCUGA